AUGGGCUCCCACUCCCAGAGGCGCACCGGGCAGCCGUCCAACAUAUACUCCGAGCCGCCGUACGGCCCGUCGCCCUCGUCCUCCUCCAGCGCCACCACCCGCUACCGCGCCCCGCAGAACGCGAGCAGCAUCCGGCAAACCGCGGCGGGCGGCGCGCAGCCAAACUAUCCCGCUUCCAUGUAUUUCUCGACGGCCGCUGGGGACGACAGGGCGCCGCCGAUGGCCAAGGCCGACGCGAACGCGCACUUUGCGUACAGCUCGACGCUGCGGCGCAAUCCGGAGGAACACGCGCUGUCGCCGCAGAAUAUUUUAUCGCCGCAUGCGCAUCGGUUUCCGCCGUCGCAUCAUGAGGAGGGGAGGGAGGGCGUGUGGGAUAAGGUCGUUGGGACCGUUCGAGGUGUUGUGGGCGGCGGUGGGGAGAGCAGGGCGGAGAAUGGAUAUGCUUCUUUGCCGACGAAGCAGAGUCAGGAGGAGACUGCGUCAGCGAAAUGGUCGGCACGACCUGCAGAGGACGCGCUUGCCUUCUUCCGGACUUCGCCCUCAACAGGUCUAUCCUCUGGCAACAUCCCCGCCUUACACAGCCAAUACGGCUACAACGAGUUCACCGUCGAAGCGCCCGAACCCAUCUGGCUCAAGUUCGCCAAGACGAUAUACGAGAGUCCGUUGAUCCUGCUGCUGUGCGGGUCGGCGGCCAUCUCGGCUAUCGUUGGGAACGUCGAUGAUGCUGUUAGUAUCACUGUUGCUAUUCUUAUCGUGCUUACUGUUGGGUUUGUCCAGGAGCAAAGAUCGGAGAAGAGUCUGGAGGCGCUGAACAAACUUGUGCCACAUCACUGUCACAUCAUCCGAGACGGCACGCCUGUUCACGUCCUCGCCAACGAAGUCGUACCCGGCGACAUCGUGACGUUCUCCACAGGUGACCGUGUACCAGCCGACAUCCGCCUCAUCGACGCACUAGAUCUUGAGAUUGACGAGAGCAGUCUUACCGGCGAGACAACUUCGCGCAGUAAGACUGUAGCGCCUUGUACUCGUCACGAGAAUGGCGAUGCGAUGCACUCUAUUGAACCUGUUGCGAUGGCCGACCGGACAUGUAUCGCAUACAUGGGCACGUUGGUGCGCAAUGGUCGUGGAUCUGGUGUGGUCAUCGCGACUGGCACCCAGACUGAAUUCGGUAUUAUCUUCUCUAUGAUGCAAGACGUUGAGGAAAAACGCACGCCCUUGCAGCGAAGCAUGGACGAGCUUGCUCAAAAGCUGUCGUUCAUCUCAUUCGGCGUUAUCGGAGUUAUCUGCCUCAUCGGCGUUCUUCAGCAUCGUUCAUGGCUCGAUAUGUUUACCAUCGGAGUAUCUCUCGCGGUUGCUGCAAUCCCGGAAGGUCUGCCCAUCGUCACUACCGUCACGCUCGCCCUCGGUGUACUUCGUAUGAGCAAGAGGAAAGCGAUUGUUAAGAAGCUCCAUUCAGUCGAAGCUUUGGGCUCGGUGUCCGUCAUCUGCUCUGACAAGACCGGUACUCUCACGAAGAACGAACAGACCGUCACCGAGCUCUACACAGUCGACGAGCGUGUCGAGAUCGACCCCGCAUCUCCCUCCGCGCCUCUUAGCGUAUCACCCGCCCUCCGUCGCGCGCUCGAAAUCGGCGCUCUAUGCAAUAAUGCUAUUCCAUCUCGCGAUGAACCUGGCACUUUCGUCGGCCAAAGCACAGACGUUGCACUUCUCAACGUCCUCGGUGUAUUCAACAUGGCAGACCCUCGCGCAGGCUUCACACGGACGUACGAGAAGCCCUUUGGAUCGGAGCACAAGUACAUGGCUGUAGCUGGCUCGCAUACCGGCGCGCCGACGCUCAGCCAUCUGCCGCGUGAGACGUACUACGUGAAGGGCGCGAUCGAGCCUCUGCUCGAGCGAUGCAAGUUCUACCACGUCGCGGACGACAGCACCCCCGCGCUCGACGCCAACGCGAAACAGAUGGUCAUCUCCCAGGCGAACGCGGCCGCCGCUCGUGGUCUACGCGUUAUCGCGCUCGCAUAUGGUCAUGGUGGACCCGAGUCGGGAGGUACGACGCUCAGCGCAGCCAGCUCUCGCGCAGGAACGCCCGCGCCUCCCGGCGAACGCGGUGGUCUGGUUUUUGUCGGAUACGCUGCCAUGCUCGACCCUCCUCGCCGAGGCGUGGCGGACUCUGUUGCGCUCUUACAGUCCGGCGGCGUCCAAGUCGUCAUGAUCACCGGCGACGCCGUACCAACCGCCCUAGCCAUCGCAAAGCAACUCGGCAUGCGCGUCGGACAGGGCGCAUGUUUAACCGGCCGCGAGCUAGACGCCAUGAGCACGACCGAGCUCCAAUCGCGCGUCGCCUCCGUCCGCGUCUUCGCGCGCACGUCCCCGAAGCACAAAAUGGCGAUCGUGAGCGCGUUCCAGGCGCGCGGCGCGGUCGUCGCGAUGACGGGCGACGGCGUGAACGACGCGCCCGCGCUCAAGAUGGCCGACAUCGGCGUCGCGAUGGGACGCUCGGGGACGGACGUCGCGAAGGAGGCCGCGGACGUUAUUCUGGUGGACGAUAACUUCAGCACGGUGCUGCCCGCGGUCGAGGAGGGGAAGAGCAUUUUUCAUAAUAUUCAGAACUUUUUGGCGUUUCAGCUGUCGACGGCUGCGGCGGCGCUUACGCUUAUUACGCUCAGUACGAUGUUUGGGCUGAGCAAUCCGUUGAAUGCGAUGCAGAUAUUGUUUAUCAAUAUUCUCAUGGAUGGCCCGCCUAGUCAGUCCCUUGGUGUAGAUCCUGUUGACCGCGCCGUGAUGCGCCGGCCACCUCGCAAGAAAGACGCACCCAUCAUCUCCCAGCGUAUCCUCUACCGUGUCCUCUUUUCCGCGACGAUCAUCGUCGUCGGCACCCUCUUCAUCUACUACUUCGCCCUAUCCGACGACCACAUGUCAAGACGCGAGCAAACUAUGACUUUCACUUGCUUUGUAUUCCUCGACCUCGUCUCAGCCGUCCAAAACCGCGGCCUCGGCUGCGCGCUCACGCAGAACCGGAUGCUCGUCGCGACAGUCUCCGCCUCACUCGCGGCGCAAUUGGCCCUCGUAUACGUCCCCGUCAUGCAAGCCGUGUUCCAGACCGAAGCACUAGCGACAAACGAUCUUGGAUUGUUGCUGAUGCUCGCGGCUACGAGCUUUACGCUGCAUGAGCUGAGGAGGAGGUAUGAAAGGUCGUUGGGUGCGGGCGAGACGUUCGCGAGUGCGGUUGAGGAGAUGGCGUAG